AUGAAGACGAAGAGCGGGGCCGUCAGGCCAAGCGAGACUCGAGGGCAUCCCGGAUGUAAUCAAGAUGCCGAGUCGUACGCCGCCUACGGGCCUAAUCCACGAUGGGAGGUCGUGGAUGACGGAGGAGAUCCUUCGAGACCUCAUAGCGGAGGCCUGUUCCCUGACUCCGUGGAGUUUCGUAUCCCUGGCCAUCUCGAAAGGCCCUACGACGCUCCGGCUGGGUGGAUGUGCGUUUACGAGUGUAUGUUCACCGAAUUUGGGAUGAACUUCCCUCUGUCUCCUCUGUUUUUGCAAUUUGCGGCUGAUCGUGGCGUUCCUACGAGUCAACUGACCCACGGCGUGGUUCGCCACAUCGUUUUUACCGAGGCCCUGGCUAGAGCCGCCGGAGUUGUAUUCGACCGCCUCUUUUUGAGCACGACCGUCCAGGCGAGCGAGACCGAACGGCUCAAGGAGAAGUUUAGGCUGCUGAAGGAGCUUAGCCAUCGAUUGUGGCCUGAGGUAGUGGCGGCGCUUGAGAAGAAGAAGCAAGAGAGGAAAGAUAAGAGGGAGGGAAAAAGCAAAUCUGCCAUCCCUGCGACUCCGAUAUCUACGAAGCCAUCUCGUUCUAAGAAGAAACGAUGGGUCUUAGGAAGAGAGCGGCCGUGCCUAUUGACGACGUUGUCGUUGCUUCCGAGCCGGCGCCUAAAAAGAAAAGGGUCGAGUCCCCAGACUGAGGGAUUCUCCUCCUUCUCCCCUUCGGAGCUCUUCCAUUGCGUCGCGGCUUCGACGAGGAAAGCCUCGACUUCUGUUCCUGAGGGCGUUCCGGAGCAAGUGAUCGAGCUUGACUCUCCUCCUUCCUCGGACCAUGACGAGUCUUCCCAUCACGAUGAGAGUGCUUCUCAUCACGAUGAUGGUUUGAGGACUCCGGCGCGUGGUGGUUCGCCUUCUAAGGGGGAUGAGUUCCUCACCCCUGGUGGCGGCGUUCCCUCCUCUGACCGGCGUGAUCGUGGUGGUUUCGAAGGAGGGGAAUCAUCUCGGCGUCCAGGUGAGAAUGAUGAGGCGGCGUCUCGUCACUCGGAGGCGGGUGGUUUUGCUCCUGGCUCGAACCUCGGUGCUGAGGGCGCCGGAAUCCAAAGGAUGGAUGCUUGCGGAGGGGCGACUUGGAUGUCUAAAGUUCAUCCCGGCUUGGGGAUUCCGCGUGAGGAGCUCACCUUUAGGACCGAUUUCGACGAAGCUGCUCAACAUCAUAUUAUGUCUGGCGGGAAGUUCACCGCGUUGGUCCAGAAGUACGAGACGGCGCUUCGGGCAGCUAAGGACGAAGGCCUUUGUGUUGCGGCAGAGCGGGAGAUGGCCAAGAUGUCGAUACAAUGGUGGCUGAUUAGCAGGAUAAACUGGCUUGAGUCGAAGGUCGCGGCGCUGAACAGGGAGAUAGUGAAGACUCUCGGACUCCAGGAGGUAGCAGACAAGCUGAGGGCUCAAGUGAGUGAUCUGGAGGAGAAGGCCGUCGGGAUGCAGAGGCUUCUGCUGCUGAGAUGGAGCGUCUCCGACGGUCUCGUCGAGAAUCGGUCGAGGCGGCUGUGA